GGCUCAUGAACGCCACAAAAAUUCACAGCGUUUAUGUAUAGAAACUCAAUUCAAGAUCAAAUUGUAAUACCUAGAGAUGAUAGAUGAUUGUCAUGACGGAUAGCAACUCCAAUAAAUUUCUGUGCCAUGUAACCACAGCAGUAGCCUCACGUCUGUAAUGGGCCUCCAACCUAUUCUUGAUGUGAUCUUGAAAGAGAACGGCCAACCAAAAUUUUGUAGCUUUCUUGGUGUUGGUUUCCGCUGUCAUCAACCUAAAAGUCUUGAGGUACUGUUAGCAACUAACUCACUGAUAUAUCAUGGGCUUUGGAAUCACGGUUCUCUAUAAAAGUCACUUUCUUCUCUAGUAUCGUGUGGUAAACGAAAAUGAAGUUUUGGGGCUGGAUACAUCAUAAGUCACGGGAGAAUAGCAAAGAGCUAUUGAAAGAUGCUACAACUGGUAACAGUCAUUUCCCCUUUUCAGCUCAUCCGUCCCUUGAUAGCCAAGAUGUUUACGGUGGAGCAAGUGCUGGCCCCAGAUACAGUACUGGAAUCAGCAAACAGUUUAAUCUGUUCCAGGAAAGCUCCUUCGCAGGACCCAAUGAAAAUACAGAAACCAAGGAAGCCAGAAACAGUGAUUUUUUUCAUGGCUUUCUUGCCAUUGGAACCCUUGGUGGAGAAACAUUUCUGGACGAACCAGCAACACCGACAUUUGGCAUGUUAUCUGGGGACCCAGCAACAGAUAAUGCAGAAGUAACAGAGGAUUAUCUGAAGCUCAUUAGCAAUGGAUUGGAGAAGUUCCUUGAGGCUGAAGCUAAAGAAGGACACGACCAACCAUCAGGAAGGAACAGCGACGCUAAUACUAUUGCAUCCACCAUUGCGGCCGCUGAGGGAGUAGAUGCUGACGAAGAUAAUCAGCCACUGAAGUUCCCGCUCCAAGAGUAUUUCUUCAGUUCUCAAAUCGAAUUAUCAGAAACAAAGGUUGCAGGGAAGAAGGAACGAGCAUCACUUGGAGAACUGUUUCAGGCAACAGAAAUGCACGAUAAGCAUUCAGAAAACAAGUACGAGGAGAAAAAGAAGCAACCCAGUUCAACUCACAAGUCUGCAAAGAAUCUUGUGAAGAAGGUGCUGAAAAAGCUUCACCUAUCCUCCAGGAGCCCUGACGGUGGUAAAACAGAAGUACAUUCCACAAAGAAGAAGUUCCAAAAGAUUAUACAAGUUUUCCAUAGAAAAGUACAUCCAGAAGACUCCAUAAUGGAAAGCAAAAUAUACAGCGGCAUGACAGAACCAAAAAACAGCAAAGCAAAUUCUACUGGAUUAAUGUCCAAAAAGGUGAGCCCUUGUAACAAGACAAGUAAAAGAUGGAUCCAGUAUGAGCUAAGAAAUUCCCACUCAGCUGGAAACGGAGAACACUGGAUCAAAACAGACGAAGACUACUUGGUGUUGGAGCUGUAAAAAAGGGAUGAGAAGAAAAACGCAAAUUAAAAAGUGCAAGUGUAUUAUGUUAUUUCAUGCAUGUGUGAAUCGUGUGGUGUGAUUAUGUAAAAUGUGUUCAAGACUUGGUGGGAAUGUUCGUUACGCCCUUCUACGUAACAAUAAGUAUUUACCGUGUUUAAAAAUUGCAGCAAGAUAUUUCAUAUC